AUGGCAUACUAUUGGGACAAUUCAUUGGACGACUAUCAGUCCCCCAGCACAGGAGCCGACAAGAACGGCAACGAAACACCGCCAGGUUCCUCUGAGGUCAAAGCCACCCCUGGGGAGCAGGGAAAAUCAGGUGAAACAAACCCCGACUGUGACACAAAGACGGAGCCCGGGCUUCGAAGCCCAGAUGGAGAUGGAGAAGAGCCCAGAAAGAAAGCAAAGGUGGAAGCCGUAACCAACACGACAGCAACCCCGCCACAUCAUGGAAAGCAGCCCAUACACACUCCUUCUGCCGACUUGAGUCGAACGCUGCCCGCCAGAACUGCCCCACCAAGGGUGCCCUGGGCGACAAAUGUCGGGGCUCAGGAUAAGCCAGUGGACUUAUCAAAGGGCUACUAUCGUGGCUAUCGCAUCGGCAACGGUGCUGAGAUGCCAGAUCAAUAUCGCAUCGAUUGUGUGAGAGCUUUCCUUGAGCCAAUAGCAUGGGCGUUUGGUGUGACACUGGCGGGACACAGACGUCCUCCCGUGCUCAAGAUGGACAACGUCCGCUUCCCCGUCAGGAUGAGCUCAGUAGCUUGGAGAGGGCCUCAGGACAGGGCGAAAGCACGGCAGGGCUACAUGGAAGGCCCAGUCAUGGGCAUGCAAUGUCGAGCAGACAUCGGCUUCGGAGCCACAGGCACGCUCGCGGCAGAUUCUGUGCUCGACACUGUUCGUGAACUCGGCGGCCUUUUGCUUCUGGCUCAAGAGCGUGCACGACAAGGCAAGACUGAAAAGAGAGCUGGUGAAGGAAAAUGGUGGACAGAAAAGCCCCGCUGGGGCGGUGGACCUGGAGGCGAAGUUGGUGAUGCACAGGGUGCAAGCGACGUGUCAAUCAAAGAAGCACCCAAACAGUCCGAGGAGAAACUAGUUCAACGCAACCCUGAUGGAUCCAAGACUCGCCGUAGACCUACUCCUGCUGAAGUUUGGAAGAUCCUUCGACCCAGUCAACCGUCUUGGGAUCCCAAGAUUACGUACGAAGCAAUUGGUAAAGACAAAAACGUACAGUGGGACGAUGUCUUCAUGGUAUCAUCACUGAACCAUCAUAUCAGCGUCUUGCGAUUGCGUGUGCAUCCAGCUUACCUCGAUUUCCUCACCGACGGGAUUCUACCUACACAGCCUCCAAAGGAUGCAGACUGGUGCUCACCAAAGCUACAACGGACGCGCUGGUUCGAUCUGUUCAACAUGGACGACCGGACUGAGGCCAUGCGUGGCAUCUGGGGCAUCAUGUCGUACCUGAUGCGUAGACAAGAGUGA